UCAUUCUGCCUUCUUUGCUCUUUUGACACCUGGAUUCCAGCUGUUUGGGAAGCAUGCUAUAUCCGUCUGGGCUCACGGACGUUACACCUGUCUGCAGUCGCUGCCAGGUGGACUAAACCAUUUUGUGCCUCAUAGAGGGGGGCCCGGGGCUUUCAGUAUGUUGGGAGAACUGAGACAUGGAUUUCAUCCUGUCAGCUGAUAUUAUCGAUAUGUUGAAAUGAAUCAUGACGAGUUGGAGGGUUAGGGUUAGGAAAUGUCCACCACAGCAGAUGUCGUUGGAAAUAAGAACAUCAGGGAAACAUGCAGAGACUGAGAGACGGAAGAGCAGCUGGACAAGAUGUGGGCUGUGAAGGUCCUCUAUGGGGCCUCGAUGUCUCUGGGGCCUCAGUCCUCCUGGGGCCUCGGUCCUCCUGGGGCCACGGUGUCUCUGGAGCCUGCCAUUGGUCAGGAUGAGCUGCAUGUCAGGUGACGUGACGGUGGUUUCCAUGGUAACUGCAGACCGUGAGCCUGUAGCCAGGUUGCCAUGCUGGGUGUGUGUUGGGUACUAAAGUGGUCUUCAUGGUGUGUUUCUGCAGGCGGAGGUCGAGAUGAAGAGCAGAGGGAGCAGCGCUCAAGUGAGUGCCAAGAGGCAGUCCUGGUCCUGGCAGCAGUACCUGGACCAGCAGGAGGCGGAAGCUGCUCCCGCUGCAGCCUUCACACAGUCUCAGUCUGUUCCCAGAAUGAAAUCAGGUUUUAAAGUUGGCUUGAAGCUGGAAGGCAUCGACCCGUCACAUCCCUCCAUGUUCUGUGUGUUGACUGUUGCUGAGGUGAUUGGCUGUCGGCUACGUCUCCAUAUUGACGGCUACGCUGAGUGCUAUGACUUCUGGGUAAAUGCUGACUCAGCAGAAAUCCGCCCGGCAGGCUGGUGCAGAGAGCACCAUCAUAAGCUCCACCCACCCAAAGGUUACAGUGAGACAGACUUCGAUUGGACGUCCUACCUCCAGUCCACAGGCUCUCAAGCUGCUCCGCCCUCCAUGUUCACCUGCCGUCCUGCAACCUGUGCCUUCACUGUUGGGAUGAAGCUGGAGGCGGUGGACAGGAAGAACCCGGGACUGGUGUGUGUUGCUACUGUGGCUGAUGUGAUGGACGAUCAGAUUCUGGUUCAUUUUGACAACUGGGAGGACACAUAUGACUACUGGUGUGACAGCAGCAGUCCGUACAUCCAUCCUGUGGGCUGGUGUGAAGAGCAAGGCCGACCUCUGACUGCUCCCCAGGGUCAUCCAAACCCGGAAGGCUUCGUUUGGGAGGAAUAUCUGCGAGAGACGGGCUGUGGCGCCGCGCCGCCGUCUGCCUUCACACUGAGAGCUCCUCACGGGUUCCAGGUCAACCACCGGCUGGAGGCGGUGGACCGCAGGAACCCCAUGUUGAUCCGUGUCGCCACGGUUGCCGACAUUGAAGACCAUCGGCUGAAGGUUCACUACGAUGGCUGGUCCACCGCUUUUGACUUCUGGUGUGACGCCGACCUCUGUGACCUCCAUCCUGUCGGCUGGUGCCAGCGCACCGGACACCCGCUGGAGCCACCGCCAGGUUCGUCCCCCCUGUCUUCUCUGUCUCAGGGAGUUUGUCCCACCACCGGGUGCAGAGGAGUGGGACACAUCAAAGGAGCCAAAUACACUGGACACCACAGUGCCUUUGGCUGUCCGUACUCCGACAUUAACCUCCGGAAAGAUUUGGUUCUCCCUGAUCGUCUUGAAGGAGAGAGGAGUGCGACACUUGUUUCUGUCACCAUGGAUCACCACGGCAACCAGUCACACAGCAGACGGGGCGUUCGGGACCGCUCCGAUUCCGGAGGCCAGUUGUUUUGUCCUUUGAUCAAACGAAGGAAACAGACGGACAGGCCUUCUCAACCCGCCACAAACCUCCAGGUGAAACAAGAGGAGGCGGAGCAUCACCCCCUGACGGCACUCAUCUCAGCUGAAUCCAGUCUCCAGGCUGCCCUCCAUCAGUCCGUCUUUCUGUCCGCCAUGUCUCCUCAACCCGGCCGUGACCUGUCGCUCUGCUGGGAGCAACACCGGAAACUGCUGCCGAGGGUCGCCACCGUCCAGCCCGAAUGUGUCCAACACUGGAGUGUCCAACAGGUGUCAGAUUUCGUGGCGUCUCUCCCUGGUUGUGAAGAUCAGGCAAAAGUCUUCAGAGAUGAGCAAAUCGAUGGGCGGGCCUUCCUGCUACUCACUCAACGAGACAUCGUCAGGAUAAUGUCAAUCAAACUUGGUCCCGCCCUCAAGAUCUACAACUCCAUUCUCAUGUUCAAACACAGCGAGGACAGGAGCCAGUCACACGGCAAGGUCGGGAGUCAAUCACACGGCGAGGACAGGAAACACUCGUGAUUGAUCCCAGCCGAAUGGAGGUACCGACUUUGGUCUGAAGUGGGCGGAACUAUCUCUGUGAACUGGUAAUCAAACAUGAAUGUCGGUCACAUGACUCGGUGGAGCCACAUACCAGGGUUCCAUCAGGGUUCCUGUUGGCUCCGUGUCUCUGAUGGACAGAGCUUCCUCCAGCGGUGAUUGGCUGCUGCUGUCAAAUUAAUGAAAAGUCACUGAAAGGUAUGUUCAAACAUGCAUAUUAAAAUCAGUUCAUUAACAUGUGUAAUGGGAACAGAAAGAAUUGGGAACAUGAAUGGAAUGUCAGCGAGGCCCCGUCAACAUGUUGAAGUGAAACUGCAUCGUAUUUGCAUUUUUGACUUUAGAAAACUUUUCAGUUUGUUUUUUAACUUUUCAGAAAUCCUGAAAAGCAAGUAGUUUUCUUGUCCGUCCGCUCUCUGGUGCUGGUGGCUGCUUCAGUCAUGAAACACACUCACACUGCAGACAGCAAUACACUCUGAGCAUCAACAAAGAACACACACACUCAUGGCAGAACACCAAAGGGGAAAUCCAGUAUGAUCUAAACUGGGACCAGGACCAGGAGAAUCUGGAGUGGAACCAGGACCAGGAGAAUAAGGACUGGCAGUCAUGACCCUCUAAAGGAAACAUUCUUCGAGUCCAUCGACUGAGCAUGAGCAGAACCUCUGUUACGGCAGCUCUGGGGUGCAGGAGUCCGUGUCUUCCAUCUCCAUGCAGACGGAGCUCCAGCAUGUCCACAGCCUUGUCUUCACCCAUGUAGUUCAGACGGAGUCGGGGUGUUUUGGACCAGUAGUGUUCGGUGGCUCAGCACUGCUGUGGUGGAACCUGAUGCUCUGGACAGAACGGAACAUGACCCUGGAUGAGCCUCCAUUGUGAUUAACCUCUGGAUUUCCACUGGAUGUGUUUGACCUGCGGCGUGAUGCAAGAGAACCGCCGCACGUCCAUGUUCUCCGCAUGCUGCAGCCAGCACGCCAGGAAGUGGAGGAACACGCUGAAAACAUCUACUAACACACAGCCUGAGGUUCUAGAGCCACACCAGGAAAACACGACAAGAGGCCAGAACCGUCCGACACAUCAUGACGUGUUCUAUCAAGCAGAUGUUUGCAGUUCAGAGAUGUGCUUCUUCUUCUUUGGAGCGGGUGGCGACCAACAACUUUGGUGCACAGCGCCCCCUACUGUGUCUCUUGGUGAAUGUUCUUCAGUUUACUUCCGGAUCACUGUAUUCAUUUCAGAGAUCUGUAAAACCAACAGCAGGUAUUUUGUGACACCGGGCUGAGGUGGAGGAGAGGCUGAGCGGACCAGGAGGAAAUAUUGGUCAGACUAAUGAGUUUUUGGACGAUUAAAGCUGUUUUGGGAGCCGGUGCCACGCAUGCCCACUUGGCAAACAGUAUGUGGAGGUCUGCAGCUCGACUAUGGAUCUAACUUUCUCCCGGACCACUUUUCAGAUCAGAAAACCCUUCUGAGUGAGUAUAUUGUUAUACAUCUUUCUAUAAACAACGUGAAAACUGUUUAAACCGAACUUAUCCUUUAACUUCAUCAAGAUGAUCCAACUUUAAAGGAGACAUAUGAUCAGGGCUGCACAUAAGCGGUGCACUGGUGCGCAUGUGCUACAACAUCACCCGUUCACCCGUAUUGUCGGACCGGGGGGGGCACGGUGCUCACUCGGAGCUUCCUUUUCAGGUGUAAUGUUCUGCUGUUGUGAGUGAAAUGCUGCGCGUAAUACUUCAGACUGCUCUGUUUAAGGCCUCAGUAUACUCCCCCGUCGCCGCUACGUCGUAGCCCUACGAUGAGCUACGUCGGGGCUUGACGUGCGCCCCCCGAAAAUUGUGACUUCGCGUCGUUUCGACGCGUGAUGACGUGAA